AUUAAAUAUCAUGGUGACGGGGAAGCGUUUGGCUUUUCUUAUUUCCCGUUUGUUUUUGCGAAAAUGAUGACCGCUUUGGGUUCUUCAUCGUCCUGACUACGUUCAUGAAACAUUCGGUAGUCAUCCGGUAUAAAGAUCGGGCUAAAAAGAAACGACAAGGACAAACAAUAGCCACAAUACAAAUUGAUGUGUUGACAUUUUUUUAUAAUAUAUUGUUAUAUUUGCUGUUGUAAAACUUGACGAAGGUUUUCCAAGAUGGUUUCUUCUUAUCACUUUCAAUUUGAGGCCUAGUAUCAAUUGUCUUGUCGGCUACUCCGGAUAGUUUACCUACGGACUUAAAGGUAACCGCAAGGAUAUGCCUAAGAUUGAACAGAAUGCAAGGUGGUCGUGUAAAUAUUGUACUUACGACAAUUUUCCUGCUUCUACAAAAUGUACCUUGUGUAACAGCAAACGGGUUGAUAGUUGUUUAAAUGAAGAUUCCAUGGACAGUAUUGACGGGGAAGCAGCUCCUGAAGAUGAGAAGAAUAACUGUUCUGAAACGUCAGACCAAGCAGAUUUGCUCCAAGGCCGUUGGGCUUGUCUUUCUUGCACUUACCUUAAUUGGGAAAACUCUUUGAAAUGUGUUAUGUGUACGAACGAAAGGCCAAAUGAUUUUUUACCACAGGCUACAACCAUUGACUCCUUGGCAAAAAAUCAGGCUGAUGAUCUUACUGUAAAUAACAAUGAAAAGAACAGAGUGAUUUCCAAAAGCAAGCCAAAAUGGACAUGUCCUCAAUGUACUUUUGAAAACUGGAAUAAAUCCAAGAAGUGCUCUUUGUGUUCAUUUCAAAAGUGGAAACCUGAUGAAUCGGCUAUUCUGAAAACAAAAAAUUCACAUAAUGUUUUAAAUUUGAAAAAUAGCCGUCAGAGAUCCAGACCUUCGGCAGGCAAGUCCGUUGCAGCUGCUAUUCAGCCUAUCACAAGUGAGGACGAGGAACAAUUGAUAUAUGGGCUUUCGGCCACAAGCAUAUCCGCUGUUUCAAAGCAGUAUGAAAUCAAGAACAAUUUACAGGAAUCUGAUUGGAUGUGGCUUAGUGCUUGUAUUGGAGUGGUCGAAGGGGAGCCUUCAUCUGUCAAGUUGUUUUUAUCAUCUGGUGGUAGUGCAGCUCGGAAAUUGACUCCGAACGAAGUUUUGGUUUUGAAUCGCCCAGGUGUAUUCGAGGUUGGGGAUACACUGGUGCAUUUGUCCAUACGUUAUCAUCGAGAUGAUCUACUUGCUAUCAUGUUGCCCCAUGAUCAUGUUUCAAGAAAGACAUUUAAACGUAUGCCAUGUCAUGUUAGUCCAGAUCUUGCAGCAAGCGUACGGAAACAAGCAAUGCAAGGCUUAAGGCAAAGGAAAGGAGACUGGCCAUGUUAUUUCUACACAGAUUUAGUGACAUUUACCUUGCCCGGGGAGUUACAAGACCUGCCUGGUGCUGUUCAGCAAUAUGCACUUGAAGAAGUUGUUGACCAAAAUGCUCAGAGAGUUUUGGAACUAGAAUCGAUUAUCAAUUGGAGUGUAGAGAUCACCAACCAGCUGGAUAGUAGAGUGUAUGCCUUAUGGAACAGAUCAGCUGGGGAUUGCCUUCUAGACUCAAUAUGUCAGGCGACUUGGGGUAUUUUUGAUCGAGAAAAUGCUCUAAGAAAUGCAUUGUAUGUUAGCUUGAGUGAAGGUGCCUCAAGGUUUUUCCCUCGUUGGAAAGAGUGGGAGGAGAUGCAAGCCACAAACAUGCAGUUCACGUUGGAUGAAGACCAGUGGGAACAGGACUGGGCAUCAGUCCUCUCUCUUGCCAGCCAACCUGGGGCCUCGUUAGAGCAGAUGCACGUAUUUGCUUUGGCUCAUAUUAUCCGCAGACCGAUCAUUAUUUAUGGAGUGAAAUUUGUGAGGAGUUUUCGUGGGGAGACCCUGGGACUAGCACGGUUUCAAGGUGUCUAUUUGCCUUUGCUGUGGGAGAAAGGUUUCUGCUGGAAGAGCCCGAUCGUGCUUGGCUACACGCGUGGACAUUUCUCAGCACUCGUUGCUAUGGAGACCGAACAGCAUGGCGCAGUCGGAGCUGGUGCUCAUACGGAUAAUAGCGACGAGAGUCACGUGACAUAUCUACCUUUGGUCGAUCACGAGUGCAAGUUGUUACCAGUCCACUUUCUGAAUGCUACCGAGCUUGGGAAUGAAGAUCAGUUGCUUCGUGAGUGGUUAGACUGUCAUAUCACCAACGCUGGCGUACUGGUUGCCGAACAAAAAGCAACGCCAAGUUCUGCACUGGUAAGCCAAUUGAUGGACGAAUGGCUGGACAGAUACAGAAAGAUGAACAAAGAAAUGGUGUCAGAAAGGCGUAAAAGAUGACUGGGCAAACGUAUUGUGUGUGGACGCCUUGUGUAGGAUUUUUCAAUUAAACACUCGAAAUACUUCUCGAAAAUAACUUCAUGCCUUGCCUCAUGGGUGCAAUCCUGCGCAUGCGUUAAGUCUGCAAGCGAAGGCCUGGUACAUUUUACAAAUCUUUCUCAGUGAACUCGAAAUAAUGAUAAAGUUCACUGAUGUCUUAAAUCGCGCGAUUUCUUUCUUUUCAAUAUCGUCAGCAGACUGAUUUAGAUUUCAACAUUAGUUGUAAUAUGACCGGUUUAUUCAUGGGAAUACCAGCUUCGAGCGUUGCUUCGGCUCGCAUUAAGGCUUCCUUAUUUUCUAGUGAAGUUUCCUUAGAUUGUGGAAACCCAGGCUUUUCCUCUUAAUUUCCAUUCACCUGGGGCAAAAGCAAGGCAAAAAAACUUUUACUCUGGGAUGUUUUCAGCAGAACAGGACUUGCUGUGCGCUGUUUUCUAGUUGGUUUGAAUCUUGAAGAAUUAGUUUACACGAUCGAGCCUUCCUCGGCUCGUAGGGUACAACCAUAAACAGAUAUUUUGAUGGUUUUUUGGUUAGUGUUUACAGCAAUUAGGUUUCUUCAAACAUAAAAGUAGUUUACAGUUGUGUACAUAACUCUUUUGUAA